GGCUUGGGCCACCAUUUUUUUUUCCUAACUGAAGGUUCGUUUCAAUUCCUCAACUUUUUAUUCAACUGGCUUUAUUUCUUCCUUCCGUUUCAACCUUCAAUUUUUUCUUAUAAACCUUUUUUUCUUUCAUUUUUUCUUUCCCGUCUCUAAUCGUAUUUCCUCUACUAUGCAACCUGCAUGUUUUUGGGCUUUGUUAACGCUGAACGAUCUCGUUCUCCUCUACUCAUCCGCCAUUCCUCAUCACUCGACAUCACUAUCACACCGGUCACUGUAUGAUGUUUUUCAUCCAGACGAAGUCACGUUGGCACGGCGCGAUUUCACACGAUUUAUGGAUACCAUGACACUCAAUGGAUCAAUUACUAGAUGCCGUUUACGAAACUUACAGGACUGGAGUACGCCUGCUUAUAAUUCGUCUUCGUGGAUGGUGGUAGAUCUGACCAUGUAUAUUGUUAGCGAUCAAUGCGUACUUGCAUUUUUCCACACCCAUCCAAUGGCUGGCCAUCACAUGUGUGGUGUAGAAACCUAUGACAAUAACAUGAUUCAUCACCUGAAAAAGAAUUUACAUCAAACCUUGCACAGCAGAAUCCCUUUUUCUUCACGUUCCCGCCAUCUUACUAUCCUAUACAAAAACCUGCAACAGACUUUGUGGACGUCAUCGCAUCAUCCUUUGGAUCCUACUCUGUUGAAAGAUAUCACGUCAUACCAGCAUUCUUCUAUGCAAAAUACGUCCAUCAAGCGGCUAUAUACCAAAUCUCAUGUUGUCGAUCGUCUCGUCAUUCAUUACGGAUGCCUUGUAUUUAUUUCCAUUGAUUCGCCUAAUACCCAAUCCUCGCUGUCUUCUCGUACCGUCGACCGCCCAAGUCACCAGAACGUUCAAGUGGAAAAAAGCGAUAAAGAUACCUUGCCCAGUGCACAAGGGUUUCUCUCGCCAUGGUCCGAGCCGCUCGUGGAUCCACGUUACGGAAAAGCCCCCGAACGUUUACUUCCAUCCAUGAGUACAGGAUUUCCAACCGUUUCCAGCUUGUCUACCGGACUAUUAAACACAGAAAAAAGAUUAAUGACUCAGAGGACAUCUGCUCAAGGAAGUAACGAAACCAAUUCAGCCAUUCCUUACGCUCGAAAAGCCCAUUCUCCAUCAAAUCAAGAUAUACCAGCACAGCCUUCUGUCUUUGUAAGGCGUUGCCGUUCACUGUUAACAUCAAGUAAAGGGACCAACGCAUUCCUUCGAUCCCAUUCGUCUUGUACGCCUCACUUUUGUGAAAGUUGCGGAACUGAUUCCAGUCCAGAAUGGCGCAGGGGCCCGUCGGGGCAUAAAACAGUCCCUGAAAGAUGCUUUUUAUAGGUUAUGCAAUGCGUGUGGCCUGCGGUAUUCGAGAUCAGUGGCACGGCAAAACAAAGCUGUGGCUCAGCAUCGGAAAGCGCGAUCCAUCCCUUCCUCACCACGGUCCAUGUCAUCAUGUUCUUCAUCGUCCCCUUGUUCUUCCACCACGUCGUCGCCUAUUCCGUUCCUUUGCGAUACCAACGAUUUACGCUAUUUCUCACCAUCCGUCACCGAGAAACCUUCAUUUUAAGUUCCACCAGCUCAAUGAGCAUGAGCAGGAAUUCAAUCUUGGAAUAAAUCGUAUAAAAAAGGGAAUCCGAUUCAGGGACAACAUCCUUUUUCGGCAAUGUCGUCUCACUUCUCGAGUGGUCUUUGACCCUCCUCGAGUCAUUAUCGCUUUCCCGCUUCUGAUUCCGCCCUAGAGUAAUUAUAGUCUAAAAAAAGGAAAAGAAAAAAAAAAAG